AAUAACUGAAUCAUUUUUCAGAGUGUGCAACUAAUAGAUAUCGAAUGAAUGAAAUACUCUUGUAUCUAAAAAUAGAACGAAAGAGAAUGGAGUAAAAGAGACACUAUGAGAGCAUUGAAUCGAAAUCGCUACUGCACACACACGACCGCUAACAUAUUUAAGGGGAGUGCGAGUGAAGAUUCAUUACGAACACCUUCACCACUAACCUGAGGUGUAAUAAAAAUAUACACUUGAAAUUCUUACAAAUACAAAGGCUGAUCAGAAACUAUUUCAAACACGCAAAACUAUUCAUACCAUCAUAGUCAUUUGUUUUGAAAGCUCUUCGAUGCUCGCAAAACAGACUUACAGAACAGUGCAGUCUUAUCAGUUCUCAAUAGUGAACACGCAUUUCACGCCUCGGUAGCGCAACUGACAGGCCCGAAAAGUUAAUUUGUUCCUUGAUAACCUGCUGUCCAUCAAAUCUUGUUCGACUUUCGUUUAUGCUGGGAACACAAAUUCGGUCGAAAAUGUCGCUCAAGUUUUGUGCCAACUUGAACUUUAUGUUCACUGAAAGUAGCGAUUUUUUAAACCGGUACCGGCUAGCUAAACAGGCAGGAUUCACUGCAGUGGAAGGUCCAUUUCCGCCGGAUCACGUAAGUGUUGCAGAUUUGACAGAUGUGUGCAAGGAAACCGGUCUUGAGCAGAUUCUCAUGAAUAUUGCACUCGGUGAUGUUGCUGACGGUCAGUUCGGUUGUGCUGCUUUUCCGGAACAGACCGGCAGGUUCAGAUCGAACCUUGAACGAACUAUCGAAUAUGCCAAAGCAGUAAAAUGUAAAAAAAUCCACAUAAUGGCAGGAAAAUUGGCCGGAUCAGCUACCACUCAACAUGAUACGACUUAUGUGAGCAACCUGAAAACAGCUGCCUCCCUUUUGGAGAAAAAUAACAUUCUUGGUGUUAUUGAACCCAUUAACAAAUAUUCAGUUCCUGGAUACUAUCUUGACAGCUACGAAAAGGCUAUUAAUGUCCUAAGCGAAGUGAACAGCCCAAAUUUGAAGUUGAUGUUUGAUAUUUUCCAUGCUCAGCAUAUACGCGGUGACAUUACAAGUGCCAUCAAAACGUACGCUCCGUAUAUUGGCCACGUCCAGUUGGCCCAGGUUCCUAAUCGUAAUGAACCUGAUACCGAAGGAGAGCUCAAUUUCCCAUAUGUUCUGCGCACCUUGAAAAGUAACGGAUACAAUGACUGGAUCGGAUGUGAGUACAAACCGAAGACGACCACGGUUGAAGGACUUGGUUGGCUGCGUGACUUUGGCUACUGGAAUCAAUGAUAUCGAUACCGUGACAGUGACAUUCAGCACGCGACCACGGUCGUUAGGGUUAACUAAACUGUGUUAAAUUUUAAUGAAGACCAAUAAAACUUGUUGAUGUUUGAGUUAAA